AAACAUUUUCAGCAGUCAAUUUUUCCUUGGCAGGACGACAGGGCACCCUCUCUCUUCACCGGCAGCCUUUCCCAAGCCUUGUCUGGGGCUCCACGCACUCACUGUAAAUGCAGGUCAGAGCUGACCAAGAGGUGCCUGCUCCCGCGACAGCUUCGCGCAGACCUGAGCGCCCAGUACAGAGUCCCCAGCGUCGUGGGAGAGGGUGGCGGGAAGGCGGGCUGUGCAGCGCCUCCGGGGUUGGGCCGCGGCGGCAGGGCGGGACUCAGCCUAUGGCAUAAGAGGGGAGCGCCACUCUCCCGGCCGCAGUACUGAAGCUGGUGCCCCAGCAGCGGGCUAGGAGCCAUUGACACUGAGCUUGCAACCAGACCCGGGGACACUGAAGAGGGAAAGGCGCACUUCUUCCCGCCACUCCCAGUCCCAGCCUCCAAGGAUGCGGCUUCUCGAGAAACUCUGCUCCUCGGCCGCAGGCAGCUCGGCACCGGAGCCCGCCUUCGCCAUAGUGCUCACGCCGAAUCGCAUCCCCGAAUUCUGCAUUCCGCCGCGACUGCCGGCGCCUUGCGCGCUCGACUCUCCGCCCCGGGCCGCCAUCCUGCCCAGGCGCUGCGCCGCCGAACCCGACCUGUGGCCUCGCGCUACAGGCGAGGGCGCCGGCCACACGGACUGGGACCCGCGCUCGCAGGCCGCGCUGUCGCUCUCACAUCUGCCGCGUGUGCGCACCGCCUACGGCUUCUGCGCGCUGCUGGAGAGCCCGCACACGCGCCGCAAGGAGUCGCUCCUGCUCGGGGACCCGCCCGCGCCCCGGCCCCGGGCUCACACCUACGGCGGCGGCGGCGGCCCGGACGCCCCCCUGGGGACAAUGCGCGGCCCGCGAGCUCCGCUCCCGGCCACCCCGGCGGCCCCCGGUGGUCCCUGCCCGCCCCAGGACGCUCUCGCCCCGCGGCCCCGCGGCUGCCGCCUCCUGCGCGCCCCCAACAGGCUGCUGAGCCGCGCGCUGCGGGCGGGAAGGAGUCGCCGCCGGGCCCGCGCCCACUCCGUCUCCAGCGGGAACGAGGACGAGGAGCGCCGCGCAGGCUCCCAGUCCCCGGCCCAGGCCCCUUCCGCCAGCCCCCCGUCGGCCCGGGACCCGCUUCCCGAGCGCCUGGAGGCCGAGGGCACCGUGGCUCUGGGCCGCGCCGGCGACGCCCUGCGCCUGGCCGCCGAGUACUGUCCGGGAACCGGGCGCCUCCGCCUCCGGCUGCUCCGCGCCGAGGGCUUGGCCGGAGGCGCCCCCGUGCCCCGCGCGGUCCGCUGCCGCCUCAGCCUCGUGCUACGGCCGCCGGGCACCGCGCACCGGCAAUGCAGCGCCGUCGUGGGGCGCAGCCGCAAGGCCGCCUUGGACCAGGACUUCUGCUUCGACGGCCUCUCGGAGGACGAGGUGCGCCGCCUGACGGUUCGUGUCAAGGCUCGGGAGGAGGGCCGCGGCCGGGAGCGGGGCCGCCUGCUGGGCCAGGGCGAGCUGCCUCUGGGCGCCCUCCUGCUGCCCUGAGGGCCCGGCCUUCCCCCGGGCGCCCCCGACACUGACAGCCGUCUUGUACAAAAUAAACGUUAUUUAUUUUUCUAUUUAUGAAAUUGCUUUAUUGACGUUUUAGUUUCUCACUGUACACAUUUGUCAUCCUUUAUUGGUAGAGAAGAAAAAGACUCCUGCUCUAUUCACAGGACUCCCAUUCCUCUUUUCAGACCAUUUUUGCAUUCCAAGGAAAAAGGGGUUGGCGUGGGACUGGGAGAGAAAAGAAGUACACCCAUCUGCAUUGUUUUUCAUUCCUCUGGCUUUCUAUUAAUGUUAAACAGGUUUUUUUUCCAAAUAAAACAAGUUAUUCAUUCAGA